CUUCUUCUUCUUCUUCUUCUUCUAGGUGUCAACAGCCGCUGGUCCAGAACCCUGACUGAAGCCGAACCGAGUCCAGCCCAACAUGAACGAGACCGCAGGAGUCCGCUUCCGGCGGCUGCACCGAGCUCACGUGAUCACAGAGGAACUUCCGGAGCGGAGACUCAAAGGGUCCAGUCUGAAGGAUCCGCCUCUGAUGAAGGGCUGCUGGGAGCCCAACCAGAAGCUGCGAGAGGCCCAGAGACUCUAUGAAGACCAGAUCCUUGGACCAGAAUCCAUCGCCAACAUCGGGGACGUCCUCUUCACUGGAACGGCUGACGGGAAAAUCCUGAAGCUGAUCGGACGGAGAGUCGUCACGGUGACUAGGCUCGGCAGGCUGCCAUGCGGCUCCAGAGAAGAUGAGCCCACCUGUGGGAGGCCUCUGGGGAUCCGAGUCGGACCCAACGGGACUCUCUUUGUAGCCGACGCCUACCUGGGGCUGUUCGAGGUCAACCCCACCACAGGAGCUGCCACCCGGUUGGUGUCGGGGGGUCAGGUGGUCGCUGGCAGGAAGCUGUCCUUCAUCAACGACCUGACAGUGACCCAGGACGGGAAGAAGGUGUACUUCACCGACUCCAGCAGCAGGUGGCAGCGUAGAGACUACCUGCAACUCAUCAUGGAGGCCACGGCUGAUGGCCGGGUGUUGGAGUACGACGCAGAGACCAAAGAGCUGUCAGUCGUCAUGGAGAACCUCCGAUUUCCAAACGGCAUCCAGCUUCUGCCCAAUGAAGAGUCGGUUCUGGUUGCAGAGACCACCAUGGCCCGGAUCCGCAGGGUCCAUGUUGCUGGACUCAACAAAGGGGGAAUGGACACGUUUGUGGACAACCUGCCAGGCUUCCCAGACAACGUCCGUCCGAGCUCCACCGGAGGCUACUGGGUGACCAUGGCUGCCGUCAGACCCAACCCCGGCUUCUCCAUGCUGGACUUCCUGUCCCAGAGACCCUGGAUCAAGAAGUUUAUUUUCAAGGCUAACGUGCCCAGGGUGCCGCGGAUAACGUUAGCCCUGUGUGCCGUGGACGGGCUAAAGUUAGCCCUGGGUGCCGCGGACGGGCCAACGUUAGCCAUGUGUGCCACGGACGGGCCAACGUUAGCCAUGUGUGCCGCGGACGGGCCAACCCCAACAGGACCCGAGGCCCCCCAGCACACCAGAGGCACCGGACAUCACAUCCGGGUGUACACCGGCCCAGACCCCAAGCAGCCAUCCCGAAAGAACCCCAAGCCCCGACGCCCUGCCGGGGCCCCCAUCCGAGGGCGGCCCAGGGACCCCAGACCCCCGGCCAGUAGCCCAUGUCCGCCACCACAGAACCCCCCAAGAGCACCGCAUGCGGCCGAUGUAGGACCCCCCGAGGCAUCUCAAGCCCUGCCCCGAUGGGGUUAA